AGUUAUGUAAUGGGAGUGGAGAGCAAUGACUCACCUAGAUUCCAACAUUCUCAAAUACAGAGCCUAGUGACAGCCAUGGGUUAUUUUUCUUGGAACAGGAACUGGGUGGCACAGGAUGACUUGUGUUACUCUGUAUGGUCUACCCUCUUCUACUUGGCAAGCCUGAGUUUGUUCUCUAGAAAGAAAUAGGUCUCUAUGGAAUUAAACAGCACAUAGAAGAGUGCAUGAAGUCUCAGUUUGGAUAUGAUACCUUGUUGCCUCCCUCAUACAGCUGGCAGAGGCAGUAGUCAGUGAGUUUCUGGCCAGUAGUUUACUUUAGAACCCCAAACAUGACAGGCUUAAACGACAUGAUCUAACAUAACAUGGUGUUAGUUUCCCUCAAGACCUUGCUAGCAGUACCCUACCCGAUUGCUGAAGACAUCACACACUUCAUUCAUAGGAUGUCAACAAAAAAAGCUGGUACUUACUAUGAAGUUUCCUCCCUCCUGGCUGGUCUUCAUAGUGCUGGAAGAUCCUGUGUUCACUACUGGUAAAAUAACUAUCAGCCUUACACAGCUGUGAUCCCUAUGUGGCAAAUAACACUUGGCCUGGCCAGAUAAUCACAGUAGUCCAAUAGUGGUACAGAUAUUAUAGGACUGACCAAGAGCAGCUACUUUUUAAUUGUCUUUAAAGCCUGUUCCAUAAGAUAAAACUCAUGCUUGUUACUGUUAAUAGGAUCAAGAAUUUGAGUCUAGGAAAGUCAUAGGUCCUGGAAGAGUACCUGCUACUACUGUUUUGCUAAAUGGACACAGUGGUAAAGUGACUCCUAAUAGUUUCUCAUUAUACCCAUAGACUAGUGCACCUUUCAGCCCUCAGCAGUUUGUUUUUGCACUAGUUUCCAGUUAAUACAAAGAGCCACAAAUUGUGAACAUGUGAGACUUCAGAUGCCCAGCCCUACAUGGGGCAUCUAUGGAAUACUCUUCCUCUGAAGGCUCAGAGAUCACUAUAGAAAAGGUGUAUAAAGAUUGUAAGAGCAAGAAGUAUCAGAUGAGUACAAAAACAUUGUUUUCUGGGCACAACAGGACAUUUGCACAUAUGAACUUAACAUCACCUGUGGCAGCCUGUGCAAGAGUUGUACAUGCUCAAAUCCCAGCAUAGAGCAGGUGAAGAGCCAUGGAGUCCCACGCCUAUCCAAGGAACUGUUGGUGAUUGGUGGCUGCUGGGAGAGGGGAAUUCUGCUUUCUUCAAGGAUUGUGACCCCUGAGAAACUACUCAUGCUCCAGCAGAUGGCCCUACACCCUUGUAAUACUGUCAGUGCUAAGUGAACUUGGUGGGUUUAAAAAAACACAUGAAAUUGAGAGGGGACAGUGGGGGCAGUAAAAGACUAGAGGAAAUAGAGAUUAAACUUCAUCAAAAAUAUUGAAUAUAAAUGAAAUUCUCAACAAAUAGGAAGGAUUUAAAAAUCUAAAGCAGAGACAAUUUGCAAUGAGCUACUUUCAGUUUAUGAGUUCCAGAAUGCCAUUUAUAAAUGUUAAGUCUUUUUAGGUUUAUCCGAGUGUAAGCCAGGUGUGCUCCAGAAGUAAAACUUGCCAGCUGGAAAAGGACUUAAGCAAAAAGGUAAUGGGUUGUGCGUCAUCACUGCUCACUGGUCCGUGUCUUUAUGUGUCAGUAUGCAGGUACCUGCAUGGUUCUGAAACAGAAGUUUCUUGGGCUAAGUUUUACUUGCAUUCGGGAUCACCAUGUCAGCAGCUAUGAUUUCUAAUACUGAUUUUUUUUUAUUGUUAGUGUACUUGAGAUAUGACUUUUACCUGUUGCUAUUUUGAAAGAACAAUGGUUCUCUUGGUGUGGUUGUAACUUCCAUUCCUUUAAGCAGGGCGGUGGUGACAUGACUUUAAUCCCAGCACUUGGGAGGCAGAGGCAGGUGGAUUUCUGAGUUCGAGGCCAGCCUAGUCUACAGAGUAAGUUCUAGGACAGCCAGGGUUACACAGAGAAACCCUGUCUCAAAAAAACCAAAGGGAAAAAAAAAGAUCAUUUAGAAACACAAAUGUUUCUACUUUAAAAUGAUGGCUACUCCGGCCUAGUAAACACAGAAGUGGAUGCUCACAGUCAGCUAUUGGAUGGAUCACAGGGUCCCCAAUGCAGGAGCUAGAGAAAGUACUCAAGGAGCUAAAGAGAUCUGCAACCCUAUAGGUGGAACAACAAUAUGAACUAACCGGUACCCCCCAGAGCUCGUGUUUCUAGCUGCAUAUGUAUCAGAAGAUGGCCACCCAUCAGUGGAAAGAGAGGCCCAUUGGUCGUGCAAACUUUAUAUGCUUCAGUACAGGGGAACGCCAGGGCCAAGAAGUGGGAGUAGGUGGGUAGGGGAGUGGGGGGGAGGGUAUGGGGGACUUUUGGGAUAGCAUUGGAAAAGUAAAUGAGGAAAAUACAUAAUUAAAAAAAUGAUGGCUACUUUUGUAGCAAUGAUGGGGAAUCCUAAAUUUUUAAUAAAGAAAGUACAAGUGAUUAAAAUACACUUCAGACAUUUUUCCCCAGGAACACAUACUGGAAGUUGUACAGAUUAUGAUUUCAGAACUCACCUCUGUUCUAAGCAUGCGAGAAGAGAGUCUGGAAGGAGGAAUGCUGUCAGAGUGGCGAGAAUGUGUGCCACGAAGUCACCUGACCAACACUGUGAGAGUUAACUUACUUUGGAGUAUGCAUAAAAUCAUUUGCUUUUAACCUUGGUGGGUGGAUUCCAGGUAGCACUCUUACAGUUGGUAAUUUCCAAAAGCUCCCUCUAGUACAGUGGUUCUGAACCUUUCUAAUGAUGCAACCGUUUAAUACAGUUCACCAUGUUGUGCGACUCCCCAACCAUAAUAUUAUUUCAUUGUUACUUCAUAACUGUAAUUUUACUACUAUUAUGAAACAUAAUGUAAGUAUCUUAUAUGCAUGAUAUCUGAUAGGCCACCCUUCUGAAAGGGUCCUUCGACCCGAAAUGCAACUGGCAGUUUGAGAACUGUGACUAUAGAGAUAGUGAGAAUGAGUCUGAAGAAACUGGAUUUUUUUUUCAGUAACUGUGUAACCAAACUUUAGCUUGUGUCCAUAUCUAAUUUGUGCUAUGAAAGAUCUAGAAAAUGCAUUGGAGAGUGUUCUUUCUUACUCUCAUCUGCCCCUCUUUCACUAAAGGUAUUAGCUUUAAUAGUUUUAUAUUUGUAAAGCGUCUACCACGCCAUGGUGCUCCCUGUAAUAAUUCUUGAAGUGGAUUAAAAUUAAUUGUCAGAAUUCCAGCAAUCCAAUUAAAGUGGAAACUGCAGAAAGCUCUUAGAUAUGAAAAAAUAAAAGAAACACAAAUCCAUUGCUAACAGUUGAGUACAAAUUGUAACUACACUGUUCUUCCAUUUCUAACAUAUCAGUAUCAACCACUCAAUAGUUUGAUCAUGUCUCCUAAUGAUAAGGCUGAAUAAACAGACCUUAUCAUGCAUACAUUUUGGGGAAAGUGCAAUGAUCCCUCUAUUAUUAUUUGGUAAUAUCUACCAGAGCUAUAAAUAUGUAUAGGUUUACUCAGCCUCUUCUCGUUGGGCUGUUAUAUCCUAUGUGUUUGUAUAUGUACAAAAUGAUGUAUAUAUUAGCUGAGUCUCAGAGCUGCUGUAAUAUCCUAUCUCAAAAAUGAUGUAAGUGCCCAUCAGUGGGUGCCCAGUUGAAUAAGUUGUGAGCUGUUCAUACAAGGAAAGAUUUUGAAGAUCGCUCAGAGCUGAAUGAAGAGGCUAUAAGAUCUCUCUCUGUAGUGAUGAACAAAGACCUGUACAGUCUAUCAGUCACUAGCAUAGUGUUGUCCAGAAACUGGGUAAUAAGAGGAAUGAAUAAGAAUAGAAUCAUGUUUGCAUAAACAGCAAGUACCUCUCUCAGGGCAUUUACCUUGUGUGUGGAGGAACAGUAAAGGAAGAUAACAUGGCCACUGCACCUCUAAACUCUUUCCAUUCAUUUACCAGUGACCAUUUCUCACAAGGGAAGGAGAACUAAAACAUCCAAAUAUUUAGUUCUACACUUUCCACUCAUGACUAUUUAUGUUUGAUUCACUUUUAGUUGCUGGAUUUUGUCAUCUAGUUCUUUUGAAGGAUUUAUGAAUAUUCUGUUUGUUAAACUUCUGGAUGAGGGACAAUAUCAUAAUUCUGUAUAUGAUUCUCACUUGAAAAUCUUUAAAAUGUUGUAAUGUUUCUUGUUUCUACUUUUUGUCUGGAGAUUUAGUGAAGAGGGCACAAAAAAUAGCUCAUACCAUGAAUCCUUACUCCACAAGUUGGCCUGAUUUUUAAGGUACCUUUUAACUUUACAGUAUUUUCCUGUUGCUUGCUUUAGCUCCAGCUUUCUACUAUGGAGUAUGUCUAGAGAGAUAUUUUUGACUCCUGAUUGAUUUGAUUUAAAAGUUUACUUCAUUCACAAAUUACUGAAAAUGGGUGAUUACUUGAAUGAGUAAAUGAAGUAAAUAUCUAAAUGAUAAGAAAUUUUAUGGUUCUUUUAGUCACAUAUACUACACAUGAGUUUGGUGUCAUUUUCUUAGCUCUUUGCCAUAUUCUUUUUGCUAUUUGAAUUUCUUCUUCUUCUUCUUCUUCUUCUUCUUCUUCUUCUUCUUCUUCUUCUUCUUCUUCUUCUUCUUCUUCUUCUUUAAAGAGGUCAGCUAUUUAAUAUCUUUGUUUUACAUUGACUGUGAUAUAAACUUCAUGUAUAACAUUUUCUUUGUGCCAGAGUUAUACACAUUUUGCCUAUCUGUGAUUUUGCUAUCAAUCACAAUGCUGAAAAGAUCUGAUGAUUGAGAGUCAGUGGGGAAUGUCAUCAGUUUCUCUGUGUACCUCUGAUUGUCCAAAGCCUCUGAGAAGUGGAAGCUCUGAUGGGAUUAAAUAUGCAAAGAUUUUAUUAUUGGAAAUACUUGUGUGAUGAAGAAAAUAAUUAUGAAAUAGGCAGAAGGAGACUGGGAGGUCUCUCAAUUUGAGAUAUAAUUUUGAGGGAGAACUGAUAGGUUGAUUAGAGAAAUCUGAAGCUUUUGUUUUGUUUUAAGUGAAAUCAGCUGUCAGAGUAUCUUAUCUCCUAGGCAGAGACCAGUAUGUACUUUUCUGCUGGGAUCUAUCACUGACUCUGAGCACCAUUGUAAGUCUUGACCUCAGCAUGAAUGUGAUGGUAUUCUGACCUCAAUAGCCUGAGCUUUUGGUGAGACUCGUUCUCUGCAUAGCCCUGUAAUAAUGCUCCCUUGCGAAGUGGAUGGCAAAGUGGAUGCUGGACCUUGUCACUUUGUAUUGGUUCUCACAUGACUUCACCCACCCCUGUGAUAUGCAGUCACUCACUUUUAGUAUGCAGUUCUGAUCUCUUAUCUACCAUGCUAGCCUUAUCUUCCUGUUACUUGUGAAGCCCUUUGCUUUGUAACCUUAUAGAGCUUCCGACUCUGUACCUCACCAUGAGCAUAUCAUUCUUCUCCCAGCCCUGAUCCUACAAUUUAUCUUCGUCUUAGCUCCUCAUGUCAUCUUCCUUGACAUCCCCAUAUUAAACCUCUGGAAUUGUCUUCUUCCUCUCGGGAUACCUCAACAGGUACCAUAUCCUUUGGGUAUAUCUGUAAUUCUGCCCUCUUUCUAUUUCAUCAGUGACCAUUCUAAUUAGGUUCACAGUUUUCUCUUUAAUCACAUAUUUUAUAGUGGCACAAGACGUUCUCAGUCCACUCUUUUGGUGAUGGAAGUGGCUGGCCAGACACCGUUUACUUCAUAGAGUUCUUAUGAUUGAUUUUUCUCCAUAGUCCUUGGCUUUGAUGCCUGUUAAAAUAAAUACCAGUGUCUGCAAUAGAGAAUGAGUGUGGUGGUGGCAGUAUUCCCACUUCUGGCUUUCACAUAGCUACUAUGAAUGAGAGUUUGAAUAUAUAAUUCAAGUUUCAGACUCCAGCAGUGCCUACUGUAUGUAUAGUGGUAGAGAAAGAGUUAAAGUAAAUAGCUAAACUAUAAACAAAUAUGGCUACUGUCUAGUGUGUGCUGGGUUGAUGAUGGUGGUGGUUUUCUUAUGCCUUAUAGGCACAUUGGAAUGAAACAUGAUAAAAAAUUUCAUAAAGAAGAAAUGAUUAUUGAACCAAGUAGUUUAAGAUUCAACAAUGAUCAGAUUGAUUAAUUUUUUAUUAAUUUUUUGCUUAAUGAGUAAAUUAUAUCUCCUCUUGUAGGGGAAAUAAGUCCUUUGAAAUGAGGGGCAUGCUGGUUUAGUAUUUUAGUAAUGAUUUUACUAUAAAGGUAUGGGUGAACAUCAUGUUUAUGUGAAUCUGUACUGAAAUUCAUACAUUUUAUUAAAAUAUGUACUAUGUUUAUUUUAUUCCUAUUAGGAGAUAUUCCAUUUGCACAUGUAAAAAACGGACAUUUUGGAAGCAGAGAUGCUGCACAAGGGAAAUGAAUCCCUUUCUACUUUGCAACAAAGGUUCUGGCAGGCACAGUCUGAUGUUCUCAUAGGAAGCCCAGUGACCUUGUGGAUGAAUGGAUUUUUCAAUCACAUUGUAAAGUUUGCCAUAAUUUGUCAUCCAUAUAGUCUUAAGAAGCAGGGUUAUGACAAUAUAUUGAUUCUCCAUCCCCCACAUCUUAUAUUACUUCCAGUAAGAUUUAUCUAAGAGCUAGAUCUCUUUCAGCUUGGGAGAACUUGAGUGCCGACAACUUCCCUCUUCCUUGCUAUUUGUCACAUGCAGAGCCACUGAGGAACUCAAGCACUUUGGGGAUGCUUUGCUCAGAAAACAAGUUGCAUAAGUAUCCAGGAGAAGAAUAGUAGGAAGGGUAGUUUUAACAGAAUAUUUGUUAAUGUUCUAUUAGGUCACAAGGCUGUGACUUGAGAGCAGCUGGCUUGUUGCUAGGGUAUCCCGAAUUGGUAGUGAACAAGCACUCUGCUUGUUCCCUUUUCUCACCGACAGACACAUUAAGACACAGAAACAAAGACCUAUAGAUUCUGUAUACACUUCUAGAGUCAGAGUUCUUCAGAUCAGAUGGCAGGUGACUCCAUUUCCCUGUGUUUUUGAAGCAGCAGACCCCUCCCCCCUUUUUUACUAGUUGUACAUAUCCCCAUGCCUUUUCCGGGAAGCCUUGUUAAUUAUUAAUCAGGUCAGUGUAUGAACCUCAUGAAAUUCUCAGAUAAGGACUUUCUUGAUAUCUCUUUUUACACUCACUGUUAAAAGUAUACAGAUUAGUGUUAUUUUUGCUUGAUUAUGUGAAACUGUUCAGUUCUACACUUGAGAAAAAUCCUAACUGUUCCCAAAUACCAAUACUCCUGUUUUGAAACUUGAAAUUCUUUCCCCUUGCCAUCAGAGAUAAGUUAUGCGUUGUGGUUAGUGAGCUUGAUGCCCACAUGUAAUCUUGUGUUUAUGAUGGCAGAAUGAGGUGGGGAGUCAGUUUUUUUUUUUUUUUUUGAAUCCUGGUUCUUCAGGUCGGUUGGCUACUGAGUUUAGAGGCUGAGGCAUCUACAGGCAACCUGUAGGUGCAUAAUGGUUCUGAUUGCGUUUUAUUCAUAACACCCAGAUUAUUUACCAGCUUAAAGCUGGCUAUUUAAGGGUGAGCAUUAACUCUUUAGCAGCACUGGGAGCUCUUUAAUAAGUAACUAAAGACCUGGAGGUGAUCUCUAUUUUUCUAAAUGCACUGGCUUUUAUUACAGGUGCAGUUCACUGAAGGUCACUCGGUGGUUUCAAAUAUUUAAUGUCCUUUUCUAAGAGAGUGGCCCCAGGCCAGUGAGGAAGCUGGAUAGAAUGUUAUUUGUCAGUGCCCUGUGCCUAGCACACUAAGCCAGGUCGUAGUAGUUGUGUUCUGGCAAGGAAAGCAAAUUGACAGAUGUGACUGGAGAUAGUAGGAGGGCCUUGGAUGAAACACAUUAAUGAGGAGACGGAGCUGUUAGAUCUCAGCCUUGUCAAGGAUGCCAGGUGUGGGAAGCACGCCAAAGCUCCCAAGGACCCCAAGUUGCGUGAACUUCUGGAUGUUGGGAACAUCGGACACUUGGAACAGCGCAUGAUAACUGUGGUGUAUGGACCAGACCUGGUGAACAUUUCCCACUUGAAUCUUGUGGCUUUUCAAGAGGAAGUAGCCAAGGAAUGGACAAAUGAGGUUUUCAGCUUGGCAACAAACCUGCUGGCUCAGAACAUGUCCAGGGACGCAUUUCUGGAGAAAGCAUAUACUAAGCUCAAGCUCCAGGUCACCCCAGAAGGCCGCAUUCCUCUUAAAAACAUCUAUCGAUUGUUCUCAGCAGACCGGAAGCGCGUUGAAACUGCACUAGAGGCUUGUAGUCUUCCAUCUUCGAGGAAUGACUCCAUUCCCCAAGAGGACUUCACUCCAGAUGUAUACAGAGUUUUCCUGAACAAUCUCUGUCCCCGACCUGAAAUUGAUAACAUCUUUUCUGAAUUUGGUGCCAAAAGCAAACCGUACCUGACGGUUGAUCAGAUGAUGGAUUUUAUCAACCUUAAGCAGAGAGAUCCCCGGCUCAAUGAAAUCCUUUACCCACCUCUGAAGCAGGAGCAGGUCCAAGUGUUGAUUGAGAAAUAUGAGCCCAACAGCAGCCUCGCCAAGAAAGGGCAGAUGUCAGUGGAUGGAUUCAUGCGCUACCUGAGCGGAGAAGAAAAUGGAGUCGUUUCACCUGAGAAACUGGAUUUGAACGAAGACAUGUCUCAGCCCCUGUCUCACUAUUUCAUCAAUUCCUCGCACAACACCUACCUCACAGCUGGCCAGUUGGCUGGGAACUCGUCUGUAGAGAUGUAUCGCCAGGUGCUUCUGUCUGGAUGUCGCUGUGUGGAGCUGGACUGCUGGAAGGGAAGGACCGCUGAGGAAGAGCCUGUCAUUACCCAUGGAUUCACCAUGACAACAGAAAUAUCCUUCAAGGAAGUCAUAGAAGCCAUCGCAGAGUGUGCGUUCAAGACGUCUCCUUUCCCCAUCCUCCUUUCCUUUGAGAACCACGUGGAUUCCCCGAAGCAACAAGCCAAGAUGGCCGAGUAUUGCCGAUUAAUCUUUGGUGAUGCCCUCCUGAUGGAACCACUGGAAAAAUACCCACUGGAAUCUGGGGUACCUCUUCCAAGCCCUAUGGAUUUAAUGUAUAAAAUCUUGGUGAAAAACAAGAAGAAGUCGCACAAGUCGUCAGAGGGAAGUGGUAAGAAGAAGCUUUCAGAGCAAGCUUCCAACACCUACAGCGACUCCUCCAGUGUGUUCGAGCCUUCGUCUCCAGGAGCUGGGGAAGCAGAUACGGAGAGUGAUGACGAUGACGACGACGAUGACUGUAAAAAGUCUUCCAUGGAUGAGGGGACAGCUGGCAGCGAAGCCAUGGCCACAGAAGAGAUGUCUAACCUGGUGAACUAUAUUCAGCCUGUCAAGUUUGAGUCCUUUGAAAUUUCAAAAAAAAGAAAUAAAAGCUUUGAAAUGUCUUCCUUCGUGGAAACCAAAGGACUUGAACAACUUACAAAGUCUCCGGUGGAAUUUGUAGAAUACAACAAGAUGCAACUUAGCAGGAUAUAUCCCAAGGGAACACGUGUGGAUUCAUCCAACUACAUGCCUCAACUCUUCUGGAAUGCUGGCUGUCAGAUGGUGGCGCUCAACUUCCAGACAGUGGAUCUAGCUAUGCAGAUAAACAUGGGCAUGUAUGAGUACAAUGGGAAGAGCGGCUAUAGGCUGAAGCCAGAGUUCAUGAGGAGGCCGGACAAGCAUUUUGAUCCAUUUACUGAAGGAAUCGUAGAUGGGAUAGUGGCCAACACUCUAUCUGUUAAGAUUAUUUCAGGUCAGUUCCUCUCUGAUAAGAAAGUUGGGACUUAUGUGGAAGUGGAUAUGUUUGGCUUGCCUGUGGACACAAGGAGGAAGGCAUUUAAAACCAAGACAUCCCAAGGAAAUGCUGUAAACCCUGUCUGGGAAGAAGAACCUAUUGUAUUCAAAAAGGUAGUUCUACCUUCUCUGGCCUGUUUGAGGAUAGCAGCAUAUGAAGAGGGAGGCAAAUUUAUUGGCCACCGGAUAUUGCCUGUGCAGGCUAUUCGGCCAGGCUAUCACUACAUCUGCCUGCGGAAUGAGAGGAACCAGCCCCUGACGCUGCCAGCUGUCUUUGUCUACAUAGAAGUCAAAGAUUAUGUGCCAGACACGUAUGCAGAUGUAAUCGAAGCUCUAUCAAACCCAAUCCGAUAUGUCAAUCUGAUGGAACAGAGAGCUAAGCAGCUGGCUGCGUUGACCCUGGAGGAUGAAGAGGAAGUAAAGAAGGAGGCUGACCCUGGAGAAACAUCUUCCGAGGCUCCAAGCGAAACCAGGACAACGCCAGCAGAGAAUGGGGUGAAUCACACCGCAUCCCUUGCACCCAAGCCGCCUUCCCAGGCUCCACACAGCCAGCCUGCUCCAGGGUCUGUGAAGGCACCUGCCAAAACAGAAGAUCUGAUCCAGAGCGUGUUAACAGAAGUAGAGGCGCAAACCAUCGAAGAGCUCAAGCAACAGAAAUCGUUCGUGAAACUUCAAAAGAAACACUACAAAGAAAUGAAAGACCUGGUGAAGAGACACCACAAGAAAACCACGGAGCUCAUUAAGGAGCACACGACCAAGUACAACGAGAUUCAGAAUGACUACCUGAGAAGGAGGGCAGCCUUGGAGAAGUCCGCCAAAAAGGACAGCAAGAAGAAAUCUGAACCCAGCAGCCCUGACCACGGCUCAUCAGCCAUUGAGCAAGACCUCGCUGCCCUGGAUGCAGAAAUGACUCAGAAGUUGAUAGACUUGAAAGACAAGCAACAACAGCAGCUGCUUAAUCUUCGGCAAGAGCAGUAUUACAGCGAGAAGUACCAAAAGCGAGAACACAUUAAACUGCUUAUUCAGAAGUUGACAGAUGUUGCAGAAGAGUGUCAGAACAAUCAGUUAAAGAAGCUGAAGGAAAUCUGCGAGAAAGAGAAGAAGGAAUUAAAGAAGAAAAUGGAUAAGAAGAGGCAAGAGAAGAUAACAGAAGCCAAGUCCAAAGACAAAAGCCAGAUGGAAGAGGAGAAGACAGAGAUGAUCCGAUCGUACAUCCAGGAGGUGGUUCAGUACAUCAAGAGGUUAGAGGAAGCACAAAGUAAAAGACAAGAAAAACUCGUGGAGAAACACAAUGAGAUCCGCCAGCAGAUCCUCGAUGAGAAGCCCAAGCUGCAGACGGAGCUGGAGCAAGAAUACCAAGACAAGUUCAAAAGGCUGCCCCUGGAGAUUCUGGAGUUUGUACAGGAAGCCAUGAAAGGGAAGAUCAGCGAGGACAGCAAUCACGGCUCUGCCCCUCCCUCUCUGGCCUCAGAUGCUGCAAAGGUGAACCUCAAGUCUCCCUCCAGUGAGGAGAUAGAAAGAGAGAACCCAGGAAGAGAGUUUGAUACUCCUCUGUGAUGCCCCUGUCAGGCCUUCCAGACAUGCACAGCUGCUUGAGCUCCAGUGGACUCUAAUGACAAAUAUCACUGCCUGGGCCAUCUUCCUGAGAAAUAUCCCUUAGCCUGAAAUCCACACCAAAGGGAGACUUCCAGAAGGAUCCGUGUGAAGGUCCCAUACCCUGGUUCCAUGUGUCAUGUGGAAACUAUUGCCAGUCUUAGACAGAAGGGUGCAUGUAUGCAGGAUUUUUCUUUUUGUCCCAAUAGUAAAUUAAGAGCAGGCAGCUCCCAGGCUCCAUGGAAUAUGUAAUGAAGGACAAUGUCUUCUUGGACGAAAAUGAGAGCUCCUGUCUUCAUUUGAAGCUCUGGUGUACAGUAUUUCAAAGUAAAAGAAAUAGUUUGAGAAGUGCGCAGCUCCAUUUAACACUAUGGAACAUUCCACUUUGAGCAUUGUUUUCCUAACUGCCCCGCAAUUCCAUGUUUUCAAGUUAACGUGUAUAGUGAAUUGUGUCAUCCUUUGCUUUGCAGGCACUGGUGGCUUGCCGUUUGCUAAUUUAUUUAUCACAGAGGCAUCUGUAUUUGCUAUUGACAUGGCUUUAUUAGAUACCAUAGUGACUCAUAUAAGCUGGUUUCUUUUAUAAAAUAAAAAAAAAUCACAUGAUUGUAUCAUUUCCCAGUGAAGCCAUUUCAUGAUUAGCAAUAUGGGUUGUAUAUUUGGCUGCACGUCUUUGGGUAUCUAUCAGUUGUUGACCUGAACCUAUCAAACAGCUACAACAUAUCUGAUCUGUUGAAUCAAGAUAUCAGCCAGCCUGAACAGGAUCCAGUGGGCUAUUUUAUUGUCAGAUAUUUUUUGUGGUUCAUUUAUUUUUACUGUAGAAAAGAAGAUAGAAUAUUUAUCUAAAUGCACAUGUAUAAAUGAUACACAUUAUCUCCAUGUAUAUAGUACACGUAUGCACCCAGCCAUGUAAGUGUACACACAUACAUACGCAUGAGUGUAAAUGUGUGUUUAUUAAUUGGCAGUGACCCAAAUCUCUUCCAUAAGAUUUAAAAGCAAGUUCAGGGAUACAUGGACAGAGAAGAAAUGGGUCAAAUAUAUGUUAUAUGGAUAAUUAAAUUAUAUGGGAAUGCUAAGAAUCAGUUUAUGAAGUCAUUGAUGCAACUUGAGGUAGUCUUAGAAUUUAGGAAAUGAAUUUACUAAAAAAAUUUGAAGGAUCAAAAAUUGGAUUUUAAGUGUCAGACUUUGAGCUUGUUUUAAUGGUCAGGAUAUGCAAAAAUGCAUAGGAAAUAGAGUGCAAAUGUAUUACUACUAUCUUCAAUAAAUUUUAACUGAGUAAUUUCAGUUUUAUUCUGACAGUAAUAAAGCUCUGGUUAUAUUUUAGUUUGUAUAUUUACUUCACUUAGUUAUGUUUUGUUUAAUUCUUAUUUUCUUCUAAGGAGAAUAAGAGACAAAUUAUAUCAUGUUAAAGCUAAUAAAAUCAUUGUUAAAAGGUCUUAAGAAAUAAUAUUAUAUAGAAAAACUAUGGUUUUAGAGAGUGGGACAAAGAACAUUAAAGCCCAGCAGUAACAAUGCCCAUGGCUUUGUUUUACUUUAAAGGGAACCUGUCUGUUUAUAAUUUUGCAAGGCAAAUAACAGUUGUGUCCUGAAAUUUUGUGUUUUAAGAAUUUAAUAUUUUUCUGGAAAUGAUUUUAUUUAACUUUAAGCAAUAACUAGGACCAUAAUUAAGUUUUAAUCAAAAUGAAGGCUUGCUUCAAACACCAUGAAAGUGUUUGAUCACACACACACACACACACACACACACACACACACACACACACACACUUACUGAGACGAGACAUAAGGGGGAAAUCACAUCCCCUUUAGAGAUGAUUGUAUUUUAUCUGAAGGACCAAGAGUGUUAAUUAACUUACUAAAGCUUACCUUCCACUGAAGAGAGAUCUCUUGUGAACCAUUUAACUUUUGCACUUUGAAGGAAA